AUUUGUUAUUUUGUUCAUAAAAAACGAAUGCACUAUGACUGUGCGCUGACAUGCUGUAGCCUGUUCGGUGAAUCGUCUCUCCGCUUUUAGUCGUCUGCUGACCGUUCAACGAUCUCGAUACCUUACGCCCGCUACGCAUUGAAACGGUGUUGUUUGUUGUUCGAAUUGUAGGCGUCCAUUAAAUUAUUUUUCGUUCAAAUCCGUGUGCGUAAUAACAACACGAGUGCCCGGUGAAUUUUAAAUGCUAUUGCAUUUCUCUUUGAUCUGCUUAAACUUCAGUGACUGAUACGUUUAGUGUUUAGAUUCCAUGUUUACUUAAAGUGAAGUCAGUAUGUCACAGUCUCAGUACUCUCGUGACACGGUCAUCCAUCUCGUAUCUGGAGGGCUGGCUGGUACGACUGGUGCUGUGGUUACAUGUCCAUUGGAAGUGGUCAAGACUCGGUUGCAGUCAUCUUCUAGUUUUGGUGCUGCACGCUAUGAUUAUGUGCCUAGAAUUGCAUCUGAAGACAGUGGUGGAAGUCGCAUGACAUGUAAGACAAUCUCGUCGCUGCAGCGGCGACGAUAUAACACCUUGAGCGGCGCUGGUGGCCGACACUCCAGCACACAAAUACUAACAUUUUCUCAAUGUGGUGUAGGCAGCCAGACGACGAAAUCAAUGGGACUCAUACAAUGUCUCAGGCACAUAGUAAAAACCGAAGGCCCCAAGGCUCUGUUCAAAGGACUGGUGCCCAACAUCGUGGGCGUCGCUCCGUCCAGAGCCAUAUAUUUCGGGGCCUACGCACAAUCCAAAAAGUUUUUCAACACCGUACUUAACCCGGACACACCGAUGGUACAUGUACUAUCGGCGUCUUUUGCAGGUUUUGCUUCAUGUUCAGCAACCAAUCCUAUUUGGCUGGUCAAAACUAGGCUUCAGCUGGACUUGAACAAAAAUGGGAAAAGACUCACCGCUGGUCAAUGUAUCAGACGAAUAUAUAGGACUGGGGGCAUAAAAGGUUUCUAUAAAGGUAUUACAGCUUCGUACUUUGGAAUAUCUGAGACUGUUGUGCACUUUGUCAUCUACGAAGCAAUCAAAGCGAGACUGAUAGCCGCCCGUGUUGGACUUAAUGAGUCUGAAGAUAAUACCAAAACCUCCAAAGAUUUCCUCGAAUUCAUGAUGGCCGGUGCCAUUUCCAAGACUGUUGCUUCGUCCAUCGCCUAUCCUCACGAGGUCGCUAGAACUAGGCUCCGGGAAGAAGGUACCAAGUAUCGAAGCUUCUUCCAGACUCUGUUAACGGUUUAUGGCGAAGAGGGCCCAAGGGGACUAUACCGCGGUCUGACCACUCAGCUGGUUAGACAAAUACCUAACACGGCCAUUAUGAUGGCGACAUACGAGGCUGCUGUUUAUGUGAUGACUACGUAUUAUAGUCCUAACGAGGCUGUGUUCUACGAAGAUUCCGAUGAUAGAUACGAGUGAUAUUUAUUGCCAAUAUUAUAUUAUAAUAUGGUUGAAGAUCUCAACGUAUCGCAAUUUUAGUUAAUAUGUUGACAUAGUCGCCUACUACCCGAAAAUUUGCUCCAUUUACUAUUGAACAAUCUCUGCGCACAUAAGUCAUUGAAGAGCAUAAGCCACAUUUAUUUAUUACGUGAUAUAUUUAAUGUAUUCCAACAAUUUAUUUCUUUUUCAUAAGUCUAUUAUCUCAUCACGUCCCUCGUCUUGUUUGUUUGCCUUCCUAUUAAUUCUCUUUUUUUAUAUACUUAUAUUUACAAUUUAUUAGUUAAGCAUUUGUUUAUUUAGUUCAUAAUUUUUAAGCUGUCUGUCAGACAAUUCAACCAAUAUUAUUAUUAUUUUUAUUUAUUGGCGUUAAUUCUAUUUAUUUAAAUUAAAGUCAUUAUUAUUAUACUUAGUUAAUAUUUAUAGAUUUAGGUAAUCUACAUCUACAAGCGAGUUAGUCAAAGACGAUCCUAAAAUAUACACUUUCAAUACAUAUUGCGAUUCUGCCAUAGUAUGAGUAGUUUACUAAUAUGACAUUAAAUUAUACCAAAAUAAUUAUUUUUUUGUAUUUUGCAAGUGAUUUGUAAGUUUUUUUUCAUACCUUAUGGUAGUAUAUUGUAUGUAAUAUUCAAAAACAAAGGUUCCAAUGUAAUGGGUGCAGAGGACACUAAAAGUAAAUAUAAGUAUUACUGUUUGGAGAUGAAAUUGUCUAGUAAGAAAUGCUGUAUAUUAUGUGUUUGUAAAAUAUAGUCUUGUUUAUAGCGUAACAACUAUUAUUAAUGUUAUCAAAACAAAUAUAUUUGUUUUUAUUAUUGUAUUUUGUGUAUGUGACGAUGUAAUCUUUUAUGAACUUUUGACAUUUGCUUUUAGUAUAUUAAAAUUGUUUAUAAAGAAAACUAAAAAAAA